AUGUCCAACGUGCUUAUUCUAGGUGCCACUCGAGGUCUGGGUGCCUCUCUGCGGACACUGUACUCCGCAAAGACAACCACCCAUGUGUUUGCAACCUCCCGAUCCUCCAACCCAGAGCCAAGCCCAGGAGUUACCUGGUUGACAGGAAUUGAUAUCUCCCAACCAGACGUGGGACGAAAGCUUGUUUCGCAGCUUCCACCUACGGAGCUCUCGACAGUCAUCGUCAACGCCGGAUAUUUUGGGUUUGAAACAUUUGAUUCUCCAGACUGGGAGAAGCAGGUCCAAAUGUAUACAACCUCUGCGAUUGGUCCCGUCUUUGUGGUGCACAGUCUCGUUAAAGCCGGGUUGUUGCACCAGGGGAGUAAAGUGAUCUUUGUCAGCAGUGAAAGCGGCAGCAUCACGUUACGCCAUGAGAAGGAAGGUGGGGGUAACUUUGGCCACCAUGCCAGUAAGGCUGCUUUGAAUAUGGUCGGGAAGCUUUUGAGUCUGGACUUGAAGCCGCAGGGGAUUGCAGUGGGUCUGGUACAUCCCGGAUUUAUGCGGACGGAGAUGACGAAGAGCGUUGGAUUUGAUAAGUUCUGGGAUGCAGGUGGAGCCGUGACACCGGAUGAAGCAGCGAAAACGCUUGCAUCUUUCAUUGAAGGGUUCGAUAUUAGCAAAACCGGAGAGUACUGGGCCCCACGAGGACCAAGAGAUAUCGGCACCGCAGAAGCCGUCCUUGGGAAGAACCUGCCGACUCCUUUGCAACUUCCGUGGUAG